GAAGCGGUACAGAGAGGGGGCACGCAGAUGGUCAGCCUGUGGUGAUCCUUUUAGGUUGGGCAGGCUGCCAGGACAAAUACCUGGCCAAAUACAGCACAAUCUACGGUCAGAAGAAACUCCUCCAGGAUCCUGUUUCCCAGGCUGCACCUAAGUGUAAGGGUUUGGCUGUAAUGGCAAUUGUUUGGGCAUUCUGAACCAGUGCUCUUCAUUUGCACAGCUGGAGCAUUUCAGAAAGGCUCAUGAAAAUCAUGUCAGUGUUGAUUGUGGGGGUGUACCGUCAUCCGCUACACGGCUCCAUGGAGGAUGAUAUUCUUCUCUGAGACCUUUGGCAUCAGAUCCCUCCAGACCCCAGCCAAGAGACUCCUGGAGCUGCUCUUUGACUACAGUGUAGAAAACAGACCGGUUCUUUUUCAUGUUUUUAGCAAUGGUGGUGUCAUGCUGUACCGUUACAUCAUUGAGGCGCUCCACACUCACAAGCCAUUUAAGAACGUCAAAGUAGCAGGCACCGUUUUUGAUAGUGCCCCUGGCAGAAGAAACUUGAGGGGAGGCCUUCGUGCCUUGGCAACUGUCUUGGUGUCCACAAAUGUGCUGCUCAAGUAUUUCCUCUUAUUCACUUUUGCUACUACAGCUGUUGUACUGCGGAUCUUGCUGUACCCAUUGACCCGCUUCAUCCACGAGAGCCAUUACGAUGCCCUGCUGAAAGCGCCCUCACGGUGGCCUGAGCUUUACCUCUAUUCCCAAGCUGAUGCCAUCAUCAAGGCCAGCGAAGUUAAGCACAUGGCUGAUGCCCGGCAGCAGCUUGGUGUCUCUGUGAAAGCUGUAGACUUCUCGGAUUCAGCUCAUGUCAGCCAUAUGCGAGCAUAUCCCACCUAUUACAGCAACCUCUGUAUGACUUUCCUGUCUGACUGUGUUGGGGGCUCACCUCGUUAGUGGUAUAAUGACCUCCAGUGUUUGCAGUGUUUGCCUCUGCUUUGCUCAGCUUGUAUGGGAAAUGUCACCCCCUUUGCCUUUGUGUCUUUGGAGGGAGGAAAGUAGAGACUUCUUAGCUUCCCCCUGCUGCCCCCCAUAUGGAAGUCUGAAAGCCUCUGGGCUGGCCUUUGGGCCAGCCACGUUAUAGCAGAAAGUAAAUGUGGAUUAGUUUAAAGUACUGAAGGUAAAAUCCUAGCAUGGUUGACGUCGAUGUACAUUAUCAAGGUGUGUCAGCCAAGAAUUUCACACAGAGUGUUACCUCUUUCUUUCUGUCUCCUGUUCUCUGCUUUCCAUGUUUAGUUGUCCCUGAUGUCCAAUGUGCGUGUUCUGUUGCCUUGUACUGAUUUUACAAUAUAGCUCUUUCACGUCUGCUGUUUUUUUCCUCUCCGCCAUUUCUUUUAUGUUGCAGUGAGCAAACAGAAGCAGCUCUGCAGGACUUUUCUCUUGGUGUAUCCCAGAUCUUGUUAUACUCCUUGCUGGAGAUCAGGCCCAGAAAUCAAGUGUAAGACCUGGAAAAAGUGUAUAUAGGGCAGUAUGAGCAGACUGUCAUCUGAUUCCUUUAAGUAGCUGAGAUAGAGCAAGCAGUCAAAGCUCUGAUCCUUGGUGGGAGCUCAAAUAUUUGUGAUAACUUCUGUGUUCUUCAACCAAAAGAGUUAAGUUAACCUUUUUGAAUGUGUCUUGUUUUGUUUCUCUUCCCUCCAGUCUAUUGUGUGUUCUCCCGAGCAGUUUUGCUUUCCUGGAGAAUUGCUCAUAUAUUACUGUGUGUCUUUGAGCAGCCUGUAUUGUGCAUCUGGAAAUACAGGGAAACUGGCACAGCUGUAACCCAAAAGACCUCGGAAACAGAAAGGUGCAACUGCAGAGAAAAAUGAAACUGUCUCUUGGAGCUAUGAUUCAUACUGGAUGUUUCUUAAAUCACUUCCAGCCCACAAAUGACCAUGAAAUUCAAUGUUUUUCCCCCAGUGUUCUCUUCAGAUGAUCAGUCUUUGCUGCUUGUGCAGCGCAUACUAGUAAUACAAGAAACUAAUUCCUUCCA